AUGUUGCUGACUGAGCCGAUCGUGUCGCUCGUGUGUCUCUACAGUGGCUUCUUCUUUGGCUUAAUGUACACGUUCGUCACUGCAUCGCCCUGGAUCUAUCAGCACUACUACGGCUUCGACCUCACCGGCCAGUCGCUGUCGUUUCUCGGUCUGAUCAUUGGCGCCUUUAUCGCGCCGAUCCCAAUGACCAUCAUGGACCUCACGAUCUAUCAGUCUCGGCUCGUACAUUUCAGGACAACACAUCUUGAUACCGACCGCUUUUCUCCCGAGCACAGGUUGUACCCAGCCAUGUUAGCAUCGCCACUGCUCCCGACUUUCCUACUCAUCUUUGCAUGGACAGUCAGAUCAGGGAUACACUGGAUCGUGCCCAUCAUCUUCCAAGGGUUGGCUAUGUCGAGCAGCGUGAUCAUUUACGCUCCGAGCAACCUCUUCAUGAUCGAUGCGUAUGGACCGCUCUAUGGGGCAAGUGCGGCGGGUGCGGCGAUGUUGAGUCGGUAUUCGUCGAGUGCGGCGUUCCCGUUGUUCUCUUUGCAGAUGUAUCACACCCUAGGCGUAGGCUGGGCGACCACAUUACUGGCACUCUGCACCCUUGUCAUGGCUCCCAUACCGUGGCUAUUUUGGAAGUAUGGCGACAAGAUCAGAGCAAGAACAAAGUACGAGACAAGUUCAUAA